UCUUUUUAGCAUCGGCUCGCCGCCGCGCUGACACGAGGUCGUGACGGGAACACAUGGACGUGGCGGGUCCCAGUGUCCUGGUCAGACUUCAGGAUCAGAGAGGCUGCAGAACAUCGGAAGAACAUCAGCAGAACGCCAGCAGGACGCCAGCAGGACGCCAGCAGGACGCCAGCAGGACGCCAGCAGAACGCCAGCAGGACGCCAGCAGGACGCCAGCAGGACGCCAGCAGGACGCCAGCCUUCAGCAGGCCGUCGUGUGGAGACGUCAUAUCCUGCUGAAGCCACAGCUCGUCAAGCAGCUGGAUGGCUGCUGCAGUGUGAAGCUGAGGUUCCUGCUGAGCAUUGUGGGUGGUCCUGAUCGGGUCGCCGCUGUCGGGGCAGCCGGCCAGGCGAACCGGAGACGUGUACAAGUGUCCGGUCGGGACGGCCGACAACACGUGCAUCAAACUGGAGCUGCCCAAAAAUACAACCAUUCCCAACUUGCGUGAAGUGAAGGAGAACAUGACCAUGGGAACCACUCUGGUGACCAAUCCCAGCGGAGGAUUUCUGGCGUGCGGUCCUCAGUACGGCUACAUGUGCGGCCAGCAGCAGUACAUCUCCGGAGUCUGCGCCAACGUCAGCGAUUCCUUCCAGGUCCUCAACUCGCUGUCGCCGGCGGCACAAGACUGUGGGAAAGAGCUGGACAUCGUGCUGGUCCUGGAUGGCUCCAACAGCAUCUACCCCUGGUCCAGCAUCACAGACUUUCUCAUCCGCUUCCUGGAGAAAAUGGAAAUCGGACCUAAACUUUCACAAGUGGGCAUCGUGUCUUACGGCGAGACGGUGACUCACCGGGUCAACCUCAGCCAGUUCGACAACACGGCCGACCUGCUGGAGUUCGUCAAAGAUCUUCCUCAGCAGACCGGAGUGAAGACCAUGACGUUCCUGGGCAUCGACACAGCCAGGAGAGAGGCCUUCAUGGCCGAGCGAGGAGCACGACCCGGGGUCAAGAAGGUCAUGGUGAUCGUGACAGACGGAGAGUCACAUGACUUCCACAAUCUCAACAAGACCAUCGGAGACUGUGAGGACGACAACAUCGAGCGCUUUGGGAUUGCUGUUCUGGGAGAUUACAAUCGUCUGAACAAAAGCGCAGAUGAAGUGCAGAACUUCAUCAAAGAGAUCGAGUCCAUCUCCAGUAAGCCGCUGCGAGACCACUUCUUCAACGUGUCCGACGAGUUCGCCCUGCUGAACAUCGUCGACACGCUGGGAAGCAAGAUUUUCGCUCUGGAAGCCACCAGUGGGAACCUCACGUCCUCGUUCGAGAUGGAGAUGUCUCAGACUGGCUUCAGCGCACACACCUCCAGAGAGGCGGUGUUGCUGGGCGCCGUGGGAGCGUACGACUGGAACGGCACGGUGGUGAUGCACUCGGCCGGAGACACCAUCGUUCCGGGGAGGGAUCAGUUCUACGACCCCGACGCCGAGGCCGGGUACGAGAGGCUGGCCGGGUACCUCGGUUACGACGUUCAGUCGGCCUCCACGCCUGGCGGCACGCUGUACAUCACCGGGGCGCCGCGCUACAACCACACGGGCCGCGUGGUCGUCUACCGGCUGGACGACGGCGGCGGCAUCGUCGUCUCACAGAUCCUCAGAGGAGAGCAGAUCGGUUCGUACUUCGGCAGCGUCCUGCAGACCGUGGACGUGGACGGGGAUUCCUUCACAGAUGUGCUCCUGGUCGGCGCUCCGAUGUUCAUGGGCUCCGACAAAGACGAGCAGGGUCAAGUCUACGUCUACCAGCUCCGUCAGGACGGCCGGUUCGUCCACCAGUUCACCCUGAAGCCUGUCAACCAGUCGUGUUGCUCCGCCCACUCGGCCAGCUGCACCAAUAAGAACGAGCCGUGCGGCGCCCGCUUCGGCACGGCCAUCGCCGCCGUGUCGGACCUCAACCUGGACGGCUUCAACGACGUGGCGAUCGGAGCGCCUUUUGAGAACGACCACCGGGGGGCCGUCUACAUCUACCACGGAGAGAAGACGUCCCUCAAGGAGAAGUUUGUCCAGCGGAUCCCUGCCGGCGGCGACGGAGACAAGGUGAAGUUCUUCGGUCAGUCCAUUCACGGCGUCAUGGAUCUGAACGGCGACGGCAUCACCGACGUGACCAUCGGCGGCCUGGGCGGGGCCUCCCUGUUCUGGUCCAGAGACGUGGCGGAGCUGCACGCCAACAUGACCUUCAACCCCGCCAAGAUCAACCUGCAGCAAGCUCAGCACCAGUGCGAACACGGCGGACGCAAGUCUGUGUGUGUGGUGACCGAGGUGUGUUUCGACUACAGCGUCAAGUCUGACAACCAGGACCUGCAGUCUGCAGCCGGUAUCCACUACACUCUGACUCUGGACGUCCUGCGAGCCAAAGCUCGAGCUUCCUUCAUCGGCACAGACGAUAAAAGCGAGCCCAAGAUUGCCAAGACCUUCUUCAUGAAAGACCGAGAGAGGAAGUGCGUGAACCAAACCUUCAUGAUGUCGGCUCGGCUGGACUUCAGGGACCCCCUCAUGGUGUCUCUGCAGUUUACAAAGGCGGAUGAGGAUGAAGGUCCAGUUCUGGAUGAAAGCCUCCCGAGAUCCAUCAACAAGACGAUUCCUCUGGUUGACUGUGGGAGUGAUGAGAAGUGCAUCGCUGACCUGCGGAUCAGAGCAGAGCCCAGCGUGAAGAGCAUGUUGAUCAAGGUGAACAAAAAAGACAAGCUGGACUUGAACAUCAACGUCAGGAACAGCAAGGACAACGCCUACAACACCAAAGUCAUCGUCAGCUUCACGCCCAACAUCAACUACGUCAAAGUGGAGCCGGAGAUGGCGUGCUCGCUGAACCACACCAGAGUGGAGUGUCCCGUCGGAUAUCCGUUCCUGGGAAACAAUGUGGAGGAAAACUUCAAAAUGAGGUUCGAGGUGAAUCCCAGACACAUUCAGAAGGACAUUCAGAUCAAUGUGACGGCAACCAGUGACAGUGAAGAGUUAGCCAGGACUCUGCAUGACAACUAUCUCCAGAUCUCCAUUCCAGUGAAAUAUGAGGCUGGACUCAUCUUCAGAGUGGCGAAUCUGGACGAGCACAUCGUGGUGAAGGAGGGCGAGCAGUACGCCAGCGUGUUCAAUGACAGCAGGCUGAUCGGGGAGGAGGUCAACAUCAGCUACACGCUGGAGAAGUCGGGCGACAUAUUGAUGCCGCCCCUCAGCCUCAUGGUGACCUACCCCCGUCUGUCCCCGCUGAACAACAGGCUGCUGUACCUGACUGGCAUCGCCACCAGCCCGCAGGUUAAAUGUAACGUGAGGACGAACCCUGACAACAUAAACCCAGAGGUGGUGAAGCCUGAACCCAAGAAAGAGUCUCUCAGCACCUUCCUCGUGCGCUGUGAAGAGUCAGACUGCGACACCUUUUUGUGCUCCGUCCCCGAGGCCGCCGCCGCUCAGGUCAACAUCACCUUCAGAGUGUGGAAGCCCACCUUCAUCAGGGGGGAGUUCUCCAGUCUGCACAUGAUGGUGAACGCCACCCUGCAGAUCCAGAGGUCCCACCUGUUUGAGCUGAGCAGCAGCGACACCACCAGAAGUGUGAAGAUCCAGGUGUCCAAAGAGACGGUGGGAGGAAUCCCCAUCUGGAUCAUCAUCAUCAGCAUCCUGAUAGGACUGCUCAUCUUGGCGCUGGUCAUCUUCAUCCUCUGGAGGCUGGGCUUCUUCAAGAGGAAAUCCAGAGACUACUCAAAGGACGACAUGCCGAACUGAGACCUGCGAGUAGAAACCACGGGGUCACGUGAAGACACGGACAGACUGAGAAGAGACCAUAAGAGCCAUCGUGAGACACCUCAUUGUCAGCAGGACAGCGCUGCUUCCUGCGCCGCACAAACCACGUAAUGUUUGCAAAUACUUCCUGACUGCUGGGCGCUGUGUCGGAGCACCGGGCCGUCCAGACGCCGUCCAGACGCCGUCCCGUCCGGCACCAGGACGCUCGCCGCUCAGCUCCUACCUGAAGUAUCUGCAAAUGCUACUGGUUCUGCAGCAGCCUCUUCCUGAUGGAUCCACAGUGGGCAUGGACCCGAGGAACCAGAGGAGGAGGAAGCCGCCGCUCAGCUCCAUCACAGCCCUCAGCCACAGCGACAACUCAGGAACACCUGCAACCGCCGCAGUCCGUCAGCUCCUCACGCUGACAGGGCUCUCCGGCGGCCUCAGGCCUGUUCACACCACAACGUUCCACCGGAGACGCCGGAGACACCGGAGACACCGGAGACGUCCGAGACGUCGGAGACACCAGAGACGUCGGAGACACCGGAGACGUCGGAGACACCGGAGACGUCGGAGACGCCGGAGACGUCAGGGACGUCGGAGACGUCGGAGACACCGGGGACGUCGGAGACGUCGGAGACACCGGAGACGCCGGAGACACCGGAGACGCCGGAGACACCGGAGACGUCGGAGACGCCGGAGACGCCGGGCCACUGGGUCGAAAAAAGAUUCAUGUUUACACAGAAACAGCAGAAACACUGAACAACAUGUAGUUUUCAUGUUGCUCCACUAGUUGAUGCUGUUGGGUUGUUUCAGUCAUGAAACCACACACACACACACACACACACACACACACACACACACACACACACACACACACACACACACACACACACACACACUGCAGAUUCCAGGAAGUUCCAUUUUUCCCCGUUUCCCCAGUUCCCAGAUUCCGAGUGUUUUCUAAGCAUUGUGUUUGCUCCGUUUCCAUGACGACGGACUGUGCGUCGCUGUGUUUUCCGUGUCUCCCAGCACCGCGGUGGAGUCAGCAGACCCCGGAACACGCCGGAAGUUCUGCUCCUCCAGCCGGACGGUUGUGGUGUGAACCGGCCUCAAGCCGGCGCUCUGUGAAACACUGUAUUCAGCAUUUUACCUUCAGCGUUGUGUUUUUCCUGGUGAAUCUUUCACAAAAUAACAAGGCACAUUCGUAAGUUCCAAAAAGUGCAGAACUGAUGUUAGAUGUUUGAGAAUCCAGAAUUCUGCACCUUCACACUCCAAAGUUUUGAUUGUACUGUAAAUAUAAUGCUCACAAAUGUAAAGCUUAAGAAUGUACAUAGGUGUGUUUUAUUUAAGGUGCUCAGUGUUGCUCAGGUGCUGCUGGUAUCAUGAAUGGCUCCACAGCUGAUGCAGAUAUUGUACAUAUUGCUAUAUUUUAAUGACAAUCCAAAGUAAACUGUUCUGGACUGAAGCAGACAGACGAGCGCUUGAAUCCAGGAGUUUGUCUUUGUUCGACUGAGAGUUGCCUGCUGAAUGAUUGUGUUCUGAGUGACUGUGUUAAAAAAAGCACCAAAGAAUAUCUUUAUUUUAAAAACGACAUUAGAAGUCCGGCUGUAAGUGCGUCACUUCACCAGUAUGAGUGUACGAGUGGCUCACAGGACGUCCUGCAUUCAGGCGCUCGCCUGGUUUCCUCCUGACAGCUGCACAGCGACACGCAGCGGGAUGUUCCAGGAGGUUCUUCUUGCUUAUUGGAUGUUUUUCUGCCUCUCUCCUGACUGUUGCUCUCCUGGUUGUGAGUUCAGAGGCGGGAAGACGGGCGAGGCAGCUGUCCUGACGCUCCUGCUCUCCACAUGAAGCACAGGGUGUGUGUCCAGAGGCCCGGCCUCCACCCUGCUGUGAAGUCUUCACUGUAAUGCACUGGUUUGUCCUCAGCACAGAAAUGAACUGAAUCUUAUGU